CACUUCAUUUGCGUUGCCAAGUUCACACCGAAAGCCUACUACUCUUAGAAAUAUUCUUCCGAUUAUACCCUUCUCAAUGUCCCUAACCCUCAACCUCCCCCUUCCCGCCGGCCAAUCACUCCGUUCUUCCUCAUACCCCGCCGCAUCCCUCAGAUUUCUCCGGCGUCUACCUGUAAAGUCCUCAAAGAAGUGCAGAGCUUCGAUCGGCGCUGUUGCGACGGAGGCCGAUCCGGCGGUGAUCGAUUCCCGGCGGUCAUUGAGUCUAUACGAGGUGCUCCGAGUCAACCAGAAUGCGUCUCCGACGGAAAUCAAGUCGGCGUAUAGGAGUUUGGCCAAGCUUUACCACCCUGAUUCCGCCGUGCGCCGAUCGGAAUCCGACGGAAGGGACUUCAUCGCGAUCCACAACGCCUAUGAGACGCUCUCCGAUCCAUCGGCUAGGGCACUGUAUGAUCUCUCGUUGAAGGCCGCUCGCCGUAGAAGGCGUCCAAAUCUGUCGUCGGUGCGAGAUCGCUCUUCCGGGUUCUAUACGACCCGAAGAUGGGAAACGGAUCAAUGCUGGUAGAGAUGUUUGCAUUUGCGUCAACAGAUUAAUUGUGAAAUUUUGAUUAGGAUAGAAAAUGAUUGGAAAACAAAAUGUGGAUUGAAACAUUAGGCAUUUGGGUGAUGAGUGGUUUCCAGAAUGCACAGAAGAUUCAUGAUGAUGCUUUGAGGAAGGAGAGGGAAAAAUUCAUGUUACUGAUGUUCCAAUGUAAAUGUUUUUUUAUGUUAUAAAUUUUACAUGUUUAA